UUUGCUGACGGAUCCCCCCACACCGUCACCAUUCAGUGUGCAUUCUGAGUAAUGGACUCAGGGUUUUAUUUUUGGACUGCUAUGGAGCCUGUGCCUUCCAUUUGAAGGAAGGUGGAAUAGUUGAACAUGAGUCUCCCAUUCUGACAGUCCAGGCUGGGACAAGCAGGCAGCCACCGGACAGCCCUGAACAGCAGAAACACAGGGGACCGUGACUGAAGUGUCUUUAACUGUCUUCGGUUACGGUCAUAUAUUGGGGGCUGAAGAUUUCAUGGCUGUCAAUAUUAGCAAUGCUGCCCAAGCAGGCCUGCUUUCCCAGCAGGACCCACCUCCACUGUACCCCAAACCUGGGAAAGAAAAUAUCCGGCUCCAGAAACUACUCAAGAAGACUGCAAAGAAAAAGGCUGCUGCCCAGGUUACACAACCAUCCACCCCUUUCCGCUCAAGCCUCUCCCCGGUCAAUGAAGCAAGCCCUGAUCUGGAACACAGUGAUCACUCAACUCCACCCAAGUCUCCAGAAACACCUAUCUACAUUGGCACAGUACACCCACGUAUAAGUGUUCGACCACUGUAUCAGCAUGUACCAUCCCCUUACCCUCAUCACAGAGAAUUCACUUAUGGCAAGACAGCAAGGUUUUCACCCCAACCAUAUGUAUCUCCAAGCCACAAUGUCCCCCAACACAAACCUACAGCAGUUCUAAACAUAGUCUCACCAGUACCUGGACAUGACAUACAUGCUACAGCUCCAAUCAGGAUUUUAGUGACUGAUGAAACCACACACUUGGUCAUGAAUCUUGAUUCCCAGGAACAUACUCUACAAACAUCACAAAAUGUUCCAAUCCAUCAGCCAACCAUUUUUAAUGUCUCUAGAACAGCAAAGCCAUUGUUUGAAGUUCCUCAAAUGUCCAUUUACACAGCAAAGUCAGCAGGUUUGAGAACAUCUUAUUAUGCAUCUUCACCAACAAGGAGUAGAACACCUACUGCAGAAUUACUGAGAGGCCCAACACCAACAUUUGAGGUUAGAAGGAUUGUAACACCAACAAAUGAAAUAAGAAGAGAUAGAACACCCACCAGAGAAAUCAGAAGGGUUAAAACACCAACAUUUGAAAUCAAGACAAUUACAACCCCAACUUUAGAAAUUAAGAAAACCCCAACUCCAACUGCCGAAAUAAAAAAAGAGACAAUUCCAUCUUCUGAGAUCAUGAAGGUCAGAGCUCCAGCCUCAGAGAUUAAACGAGAUGCAACUCCAAUACUUGAGACAAAACGGGUUACAACUCAAACACUUGAGAAAAAAUGGGUUACUACUCCAACACUUGAGACAAAGGGGGCUACAACACCGAGAGUAAGGACACCUACAUUUGACAUUACCUUAUCCAAAACAUCUUCAGGGCGGCCCAAGACACCCUCAGAAAAUGUGCCACGUGUUAGAGCACCUGUGAUUGAGAUUUCAAGACCAAAUCCACUUUUAUUUGCUGUAUCUCCUGUGCACAUGGAGGGCAGAAGAUCAAAAACACCAACCUCAAGCUUGGUUGAACCACAUGAUGAGAUUCAGGUGAAUGACACCAGUCUUCAAAAUGGUGGCAUAUGUGUCAAAUCAAUUCAAGCCUUAAAAGAAGAUAAAACCACAUCUGAAAACUUGUCAAAACUUGAACAGUCAAAGGCCAAACCUCAAAUACGGGACACUCAAACAACUGAAAUCUCAAAGCUUAUUGCAAAUUAUCAUCCAAAGCCUGACACUCCAACAACACCAAGCAAAGGACCUGCACAGUCUGUUUUACCUUUAGUUGGGCAUCAAAUACCUAUAUCUAGAAUCCCUCCAUUGGCUAGCCAAAGACCUAAAACACCAACAACCAAAUCAACAUAUUAUGGAUUGACCCCUGCUGAAUAUGUUGCCCAUGGAGGAAUAAAAAGUUAUUCACCCUCAUUUAGCAUUUCUUCAACAACUGUAGAGACAUUUCAACUUCCAAAACAGGAACCAGUAGUACCUCAGCUUAAUUUGGCAGCAAAAGAGGAUACAAAGCCUGAGGUAAAACACAAAGAACAAUCUGAAAUUCAACCAUCACAGAUUGAUGUUAUUAAACAUGAACUGACUGUAGCUCCUCCACCUUCUGAGUUUCCAAAGGCAGCAGCUGAGACAAAAUCCAAAUCUGAUGGAGACAUUCCCAAGGUAUCUGUCCCAGAGGAAACCAAAUCAAAAGUAAAAAUUACAGGAUUACCUGAUAUUAAAAUUCCAACCAUUAUGGUUUCUGUAGCUGACAUACAACCAUCAGAAGCACCAAAAGCAAAGACAACAAAAACUGUGACACCACGAGUCAGAACUCCAACCUAUGGAUCUCCCAGACUCGCCCAAAUGACAUCAAUCCCUCAAACUGUGAAUGAAACUAAAAAACCUGGAACUAAGGCUGCAAUAUCAUCUGAACAAGAUGUGGGAAAGCCAGCACUGCCAAACUUGUCAGCAAGUCAGAUUAAUGGCCAAUCAACCAAAGUGCCAGAGAAGCCAACAGAGGCUAAAAUGUCUUUGUUGGAAAGAAUUACAAAGCAAAAUCUAGCAUCUGCUUCUUCUGAAAAACCUCCUGAAAACCAUGAAGAGGAUAAGGCUGGGGUUAAGCCUCUGGCUAAACCAAAAGAAGACCAAAAAGACCUUAAAACAAAGGACACAAAACCUGAAAAAGUAGACAGAUCGGAGACAAAAGUUAGUACCCAACAGGAGAUCAAGCCUGCAGAGGAAAAGAAGCAGGAGGGUGACAGUUCCCCCCUGACUGCAGAGCCUCUCUUGAAGGUGAUCCAGAAACCAAAAGGCAUGAAGUCAAAACUCAGUGGCUGGUCUCGCCUCAAGAAACAUAUGGUGGUUGAAGCAGAGGAGGCUAAGUUUCCAGAGCCUGAGCCUGGAUCAACUAAAGAAGUGCUUGCCAGUGCUGAUCUAAAUACAAGUGAAAAACAAAAUAAGUCUGAAGAUGAAGCUAAGAUUAUUGAGAGGCAGGACAGCGAAGACUCCCCUAGGGCAGCCAAAAUGUGGGAUGCUGUCCUCUUCCAAAUAUUCUCCACUGAAGAGAACAUAAUGCAACAAAUUGAAGCCAAUAAAACCGAAGACCAGAAGAAAAUGGAGGUAGAACAGAAGACACCAAAAGAAAUUCCGACAUUCGCACAUCGCUUGCCAGUUCUGCUUUACAGCCCACGGUUCGAUGCCAGACGACUAAGAGAGGCAGUUUCACGACCAGCGACAAAGAUUGCAACAGUUUUCGAAAUGGGGCUCAUAGGCCGCAAAAAUAAAGAUGAAGAACAAAAAGACUUUAAUAGAACAGCCAGAGGCUUCAAUGCUUCUAAAACCACUGACGUCUAACUGGAUGGCAUAUAAAUGAUGGGCAAGGAUAUUGUAAGAUGUUAUUAUGAUGGUAAAGUUCUGAAAACCAUCCAAUUAAAUUUUCUUUAUAAAUGUAUAGCUUUAUAUUUAGAUCAGUUGGCAAAUAAACUAAAUGGAUAUUUUCUUUCAUACACACAGCAAAUUUGCAGAACCAAAUUGUAUUACCCAAUGGUCAAUUGGAAGUAGCAAUUUAGGCUUUUUUCUAAUCAGGAAAAUACAUGGCUUAAUUUCAGAAAUCACUUUUAGAUUAAAGAGUUAACUGAAUAGAUUUUCAAAGCUUGUCCUUCAAUGGCAUCAAUUAUUGUAAGCAUGUGAAAUAUGUUAAUAUUUUUUUAAUAAUUACAUCCAAGUCAAAAAAUAGCUUAGUCAGAAACGAUUAAUUUACAUAAUUCAAUAAACAUGAAUAUUUGUUCAAGUCUCACAAAACUUAAACAAAUCAAGAGGCCACAGUAGACAUACAAACUGCGUAUAAAACAGUUCAAUAUAUAGUCAUUUAAGAAUAUUCAGUUUACCCUUACAUUUUUUUCUGACAUCAGCUUUUUGCCCCUAACACUACAAUAAAAUACACAUACCUUUAUCUCAGCUAAAAUUGUCUACAGCCAGUAUUCUUUGGUUCUUAAUGAAGAAUACAAUUUAGGUAAAGUGGCUUAAAAUCUCUCUCUCUCUCUCUCUCUCUCUCUCUCUCUCUCUCUCUC